UAGAAUGGGUUAUUAAAAGCAAAAAUGAGGAGAUUGAAAAAAGCAUAGACAUAAAAGAAAGGGACUGAUAGACUUUAUUCUCAAAAUAGUAUAGAUUAUAAUGGAAGUAGAAAGUCGAAUUAUUCAGUUCCUAAUAGAUUGAAUUCAAAUAAUUCAUCUGUAAAUGCAUAAUAGUUAAAUAGGCUUGUUAUCAAAAACCAAAGUUUUAUACUAAAUCUCCAAUGAACUAAGAGCAAAUUCAGAAGAAACCAUCCCCAUCAUAACCAUAUGUCAGACCAAAUUAAAAAAAAGAAAUCUCCUUUAAAUUAAUAGAAACCAUCUCCUGGAAGAAAUAAUAUUGUUAAAUAAACUUCUCCACCAAGAUAAAAUUAUUAAUAAUACAAAGCUUCAUAAUAUAAAUGAUAAUAUUAAUAAUAAAUUACAUAAAGAACUAAUCAAUCUUCUAAUAAUUUCAAAAUAACCUAUGAAGUAGGUACAUCUAUAUGAAAGAAAAUCAGG